AUGGACGAUUUUCGGCAUAAUCACGAGCACAGACAAUUUGAGCAUGGAGAUUCCAUUGUCGUCUCGAACGCCUUUGGGUUCUGUAACCAAUUGGAAGACAGCAGCCAUGGUUUCAAUGAAAGUAGGUCUGUCAUGACCAAAGACAACCUUAAAUUACUUGCUUUAAGCACUGCUGACAACUUUUGUGAAAAUCAAGGAAGGGAAAGUGAGUAUGCGGCAUCUUUGGCCGACGAAUGUGAAGAAAACUUGGAACAGACAAGAAGUAUGGUACGGGCUCGAACAAACCAUGUUCGCAAGCAAACAGUAAACAAUUCUAUCAAGAAGAAACCUCAAAAGAAACGCCGUGUAACGGCCAAUUUAGCUGCAACUAAGUACGAUGUUGUUAGAAAAGUUUGUCUUCAAUGUGGAAUGUAUAUUGCAAGGGAUGAUGACUCAAACAGUUUCCUCAUUUGGAGUGAUUCAUCAGUGCCAGUUGAAAAAAUUAUAGAACUAAAAUCAUUUCAGAAAAUCAACCAUUUUCCAAGUAUGGGUGAGAUUUGUAGGAAGGAUAACCUAGCUCGGAAUAUGGCAAAGUAA